AUGGCAGGCGGCAUCUGUUCCACGAGGGCUCAGGGCCCAGAGCAGUCAGGACACUUCAGCUGGCUGCAAUUUGUGAAGCAGAAAAACCGAAGAGGAAAAGAACACAUCCUUCCUGGCUGGUGGACCGUCUUUGAGAGUCAGUCGCCGCAAACAAGGAGCCUCACCCCAGAGCACUCUGCGGAGAGCAUCACCGGCACUCGGCUGCCGGGACUGUCGUGGCCUGGCCCCCGGGAGGCGGAGGCGGCUGGCGCCUGCCGGGGCCACCGGAACCUCCCGGGCUCAGCCUCGUUCAGCAUCCAGGGCCGCGGGACCCAGCGAGGCGGCAGUGACACCCAGGCUGCCAGGCCCAGGGCCCAGGGCUGGACAGAGGCCAAGCGUGCGUCCACCACCAGAUACGGCCACCCCCAGGGGACGCGCCAGGAGCCACAUGCUGGGCCUGAAGGUGCCCCCGAGGACCCCAACAGCUGUGAGGCUCCCUCCCCAGUGCUCACUGCAGACCGGCUGAUUGUUGGUUGGAGCCCGCUGGGGACCCUGUGCCGUGGCGACUGGGACCCCCCGCGUCCUCACUGCAGGGACGCUCAGCCCUGGACUCGGGAAGGACUGGCUGUCCUCACCAUGAAGGCGGCGGCUCUGGAAACGCUCCUGGUCUUGCUGGUGACCGGGAUCCAUUCGAACAAGGAGGUGCCCAAGAAGAGUAAACGGCCCAAGUUCACCGCGCCCCAGAUCAGCUGCGCCGUCACGGCGGGGGACAUCCUCGAGCCCGAGUUCGUGGUGCGGUGCCCGGCGGGCUGCGGAGACCCCCAGUACCGGGUGCGGGGCUCGGGCCCCUACGCGGCCCCCUCCAGCGUGUGCGGGGCGGCCGUGCUCAGCGGCGUGCUCCCUGGCUCGGGAGGGAAGGUUCUCGUUCGGAAAGUGCUCGGGGAGUCUGACUCGGAAGGCGGCUACCCCGGCGGGGCCCACGCGCCGUCCCUGCCACUCCAGAGGGGGCUCUUCACUGUCUCAGAAGUUAAACCCCAAGAAGGUGCGACCUACCCCUCGGCUCUGACAUUCUCCUCACCUGUGUCCAGCCGUGCAGGGGAGGCCACGGGCAGCCCCCAGAGGCCAGUUCCGGGGGCGACGGCCCCACCAGCCGCCCUGAUGCAGGUGGCGCCCGCGGGACAGAGGAGCCCAGCGCAGGGGGACAUGGACACGUGGAAGCCGGGCUCAGUCCUUCUGGACGCAGGGUUCGUGCCAGAGGAGCCCAGCACACCGCCCACGGAGCCAGCGGCCCAGGGGGACCCCAGCUGCAGAGUGGACCUGGCGUUUCUCGUCGACGGGAGCUCGAGCCUCGGCAAACGCCGCUUCCGCAUCCAGACACAGUUCCUGGCCGAGAUGGCCCGGGUGCUCGACAUCGGCCCCGCCGGCCCGCUGAUGGGGGUCGUGCAGUACGGGGACACCCCCGCCCUGCAGUUCAGCCUCAAGGCUCACUCCAGCUCCCGGGACGUGCAGGCCGCUGUGGAGAAGAUGGUGCCCCGGGGGGGCCUGGCCAACGCAGGCCGGGCCAUCUCCUUCGUGACCAGGAGCUUCUUCUCCAAAGCCAACGGGAACCGGGCCGGCGCCCCCAACGUGGCCGUGGUGCUGGUGGACGGCUGGCCGUCGGACCGUGUGGAGGACGCGGCCAGGCUGGCCCGGGAGGCGGGCAUCAACGUCUUCCUGCUCACGGUCGAGGGCCCGCUGGAGAGCGAGCGGGAGCUGGUGCUCGAGCCCGACUUCGCCCACAAGGCCGCCUGCAGGCCCAACGGCUUCUACGCGCUGCCCGUGGCCAGCUGGGGCGCGCUGGGCCGGAGCCUGCAGCCGCUGGCCCGGCGCGUGUGCGACGCCGAGCGCCUGGUGUGCAGCCGCACGUGCCUCAACUCGGCCGACGUGGGCUUCGUGCUGGACGGCUCCAGCAGCGUGGGCUCGGGCAACUUCCGCACGCUGCUGCGCUUCGCCGCCAACGUCAGCCAGGCCUUCCGCAUCUCGGCGGCGGGCGCGCGCGUGGGCGCCGUGCAGUACACCUACGAGCAGCGCCUGGAGUUCGGGCUGGACGCGCACCGCUCCAAGGCGGCCGUGCUGCGCGCGCUCGCCGGCCUGGGCUACUGGAGCGGCGGCACCAGCACGGGCGCCGCCAUCCGCUUCGCGCUGCAGCGGCUCUUCCACGAGGCCAGGCCGGGCCGCAGGAAGCUCAUGGUCCUGGUCACCGACGGCCGCUCCUACGACGACGUCCGCGCGCCCGCGCUGGCCGCGCACCGCAAGGGCGUGACCGUCUACGCGGUGGGCGUGGCCUGGGCGGCCCGGGAGGAGCUGGAGAUCAUCGCCUCGCACCCGGCCCGCGACCACGUGUUCUUCGUGGAGGAGUUCGACCACCUGCACACCCUGGUGCCCCAGAUCCUGCACAACAUCUGCGCCGAGUUCAACGCGCACCCGCAGGACUGAGCUCGGCCAGGGCCGGACUCGGACAGCUGGGCGCCGCCCCCACCCCGUCCGUGGCCACCGCGCUGCCGAAUCCAGCGUCCAGCCGCUUCCCCAGCGCCCGCCGUGGGCGUGGCGGGGACCCCUCUGCCCUGCCGGCCCCGCCCCGCCCCGGGUCCGGCUGUCCGCCCGCCCGUCUGUGGAGCCCGAGCCUGCAGGGGACCCCGCGGUGCCCGCGCUGGCACCCGCCUCCCUGCCUCCCUGGGCCGGGCUGUCUCCGGGCCCGCCCGCCCCGCUGACGUGGUUGUUCCGUGUCUUCCCCCUUUCACCCCUGGUCUGGUCUUUUUGUCUUCUCACCCCCAAGAAUUGUUUCCCUUCUCGGUUUUGCAGACUUCCCGUGCCCGCCUUUAUUGCUCCCUU